GGCAGCAGCCAAGGAAGAAGAGUACGAGGACAUCGAACUCCUGUUGUUAAAAAGGGCGAUCCAGAGGAACCCUGAAAACUUCGUGCUGAACAAUCUCAUGAUGUGUGUUCAGUUCUUCAGGAAUUACGAAGAAGUUUUUCAGAGAGAUCAAGCAUGUGAAAGAAACGAUGGUGUCGUCGCGGGAGGCCGAGCUGAGCAAAUGUUUGCCGCCGCAGAAGCAUGUUUUGUUACCUGACGUCCUCCAGGAGCACAUAGCCCAGAACGUAGGCUUCACUUCGUCCAGGCAAACUUUUCGUCCCACUGUCGAACCGCUUCAACCCGUGCGAAUCUACACGGUACACGAUAACAUCGACAUUACGGAGCAGACAUACUCGCCGUACUAUAGCAGCUUAAACGAUUCGACCAUGUACAAUAUAUUGCUGAAGCCAACGGAGCAUCAGGGAUACGUUCAACUGCAGCUUCUCGAGGAAUUUACAACACAAAAGGACAACGGAGACCUCUCAUCGAUAGCCGAGGACGACGACGAACUUUACAGCGACGGGGACAGCGUUUAUGGUCCGAAAAGUCGUUCGAACAUACUCUUUAGAAGACCCAAGCAAAGCUUGUCCAGACGUUCCAAUCCUGCGUUCACAAAGUCUCUGCCGAAUCUACGGGACGAAGUCGAAGCCCUAUCCGCGGGAGCUCUGUCUCGUUCCAAUCGCGACCUGCAAAACGAGAACGAUUCCGAGAACGGUUCCUCGACCGAGGAAUCGAGGCUUCGAAACAAGAAAAUCUGGACCAAGCUAGAUUUACCCGCGGUGGAACAGGACCGCCAACGACAAUCGUCGAAAACGAAACCCCUGAGGUCCGCCAGCCAGAGUCUCAUCAGCAGCGUCAGUUCUGGGUACAAGUCCGACACUUACGGGAUGGACAGCGACAGCAGCUGCAAUCGCAGCCAGUCCUCCAGACGCAAGCAAAGUUCCAACAGCGAAGAAGUAGACGAGAGGUACAUAACGAGCGCAGAGCUUCCCGGACGUUGCUUCAAGCGAGUGACAUACACGACUGACGGGAGAAUCUACGAUCCGAAGGAUGAGAAGAAACAGCUGAUGAACAGCAAGCAGCGUAGGAUCAAGCAAGCCCUGAAUCGACACAAUUACAAUUUGUUCUACGUUAGCAGCACCGCGUUCAUGAAGCAUUUCAUAAACGUCUUUACGUACAGAUUGGCCGACUGCUUUGGCUUCGACCAGGAAUGCAUAGAGGACGUCAGACGCGAGGGAUGCGUCCUCUACUGCGACAAGAUCAUGGUCUCCGACGAUGCGUUCAAGUACAGUCGCGUAGAACAAUACGAGAUUAUACCCGCGGUUUGGUUGCAGUGGCCCAUCUGUGCCCAAGAAUGGCUGGACAGACCGAGGAGCACGUGGCCUGACUACAACGACGUAGAAAAGAUCAAAGACUGCGGAUGCUACGUGACGCCGGAGGGUUUCGUGCCGAAGAGAGGUAGCAGCAAUAUCAUCGAGGACCUCGAAUGGCAGCUCACGUUCCCCACGGGUGAACGAUACCUCGAAACCUGCAUGACCAAGAGCCAAGUGCAAGUAUAUCUAAUAGCUUUGAUGCUCCACAAGUCCUUCCUCAGGCCAGUCUUCGAUACGAUGUUCGGUUUAACGACCGCUCACAUCAGGCACAAGCUGUUCUGGAUGAUCGAGGAAAACGACAGACCGUCCAAAUGGCCGUACAACAGAAUGGGCGAGUGCUUAUUGUCGUUGCUAGACUCCAUGUACCAUUGUAUCAGCCAGAAUGAACCCACUCUUAGGGAUUACUUCGUCAGGGACAGGAAUCUCUUUCAACGCGUGCCCAACGACCACCUAUUGCACACGCAGAAGCAACUCAAGAGAAUCACCGAGAAUCCGAUUAUGUAUGUUUUUCACGCCAUGGAGAACAUUCGAUACAGCGAAAACUUUUUCCCGAGGCUUGACUACGAUAUGUUGUUGAGAAUAUUGACGGCGGACACGCUGACGCUGAUCAAUCCCGCACUGGCGAAGUACGCCGGGAAACCGAUGCCUCAGCCUAGCAAGGAUCGCUCACCGGAGGAAGAUAAAUACAGCAAAAAAGGAUUUUGGGACAACGUUAAGAAUCAACCGAAGAAACGGUCCGUUCGAUUCGUCACCGAUAAAACGCUGAUUAAUCCUCGAAAAGCAACGGACUCCAUCAUUGAAAUCUCGAUGCGCUGCGCAGAGCUGGAGGGUCCAAGGUUGUACGUUCUAUUGGAUUUCUUCAUACGACAUUUCAUCAAGAUAGCCGAACGGUACAACAAGUACGCGGAUUAUCAACAGAAGACCCUAUACCUCGACCACGCCGACCGACUCUCCAUUCUCCUCUCCGAGGAACUCAGACACAAAAGUGACGCAAGAGCUUAUCGCGACAAGAUUAAAGUCCUUAGAAAGAAGGUCGCCAACUCGAAGUCAAAAGACGAUCCACCAGAGACGCCUAAGAGAAACUUAGAAACAGCCAUAUACGUGGCUCCAUUAAAGGAGCGUUUCGCUAAAGAAUCUCUUGAAGAAACUUCGACUCCGCUAGAGACGCGAGCUGAAAAAUCGAAGAAGCAGUCGGAGAGUAUAGAUCACGGUCAUCCGAAGAAGCAGUCGGAAAGUAUAGAUCAGGCUCAGACUAUCACUCAGACUACAGUUCACGAAUCACACUACCAGGACCUAAAAGAGACUUUGGAACCCACACAAAACAAGACACCAUCGACUUCGACACUGAAGACACACCCAGCAAAAAAAACAUCAACUUCAAAGCCAGAACCUGACCAAUCUGAGGCAGUCGUGACGAUAUCAUCUGUAUCUGAUGAUUCCACGUAUAUUUGAGAGCGUGGAAGCUUCGACGUCAGUUUCUUGGAAUCCCUUCGGGAAACAUGGACCAUUUAUGAUUGAUAUCAACUGAGGCUUUCGGAUGUAAGCCAUGCUAUUUGGCUACCGUUAAAAUCUUCAAGGAUCAAACGACACGUUGACACGAAUUGACAGUGUCGACUCGAUUAAUGUCGUUUGAUCUCAUCGGUAUCAGUUAGUAUCAACCAUGAACAACCGGACCAUGAAGGCCUCGAGUAUCUUUAUCGACCAUUUAGUUCUGUUGUUCAAUCCUGCACAGUCAUCCGCUAAUAAACUGCAAGCGUUAGGACCACCGACCUAGUACUCUACUAGUAUUUUUUAACAUUAUUUAUACUCGAAAAAGACUGAACGCGUUUCUCACUCCGAAAACCAGCGAAGUGCAUUUUUAACGAAGAUAAUUCUAGGCAGAUCGUUUAGUUAUCAUGCUUGACAUUCGACUGUAGCCCGUGUGUAAAUAUUUAAAUAUAGUUUACGUUUACAAGAGA